AUGGAUACUUCGGACAUUAUGAAAGAAACUAUGAACUCUAUUGAAGACUUAAUGCGUAACAAAAAAUCUAUUCCGUUUCCUCCUAGACUGCCUAGAAUAUUUACUAAUCUUUGCAACCCACGAAAUAUUCUUGAAGAACAUCAGGGUUACGAGAAUAAUAGACAACUUUAUAUGAUUGUCUGGGUUAGCAAAAAUUUGAUUUCAUUGUGGAAUGAAAUUGGUUAUUACAAAAUAUACGAUGAUGUAAACAAUCUUGUAAUUCAGAGCGCGUUUCUUUUAUUUUCCCCGUCCACCCUUUCAGUUGAGUGGACAUUACCCGACGUUAAGAUCAUUACCAAGCGACUUUCAAAAUUGAUUAGCAUUUGUUUUCAACUAAGUUAUAGCAUCAUUGGUAAGAUCUUCUAUUUAUUUGAAGACAGAUUGGAAUUUAUUGGUAAAUCUUUAGUAGAAUCAUUUAUACGUAUUAAACAAGAUAUUCGAGAAAAUUUUUUGGAUCAAUAUCUAACUGAAUCGCUAGGAAUUGAAUACUGUUCAAAUAAGUCUCGAAUCUUGAAUUUUCUUUAUGCACUCGUGCAGAAUCCUGAAUUUGCAUUUACUAAAGAAACGAGCUAUGAUUCUUUUUAUGUUUAUGAGAUAAUUAAUGAAUUAUUUAAACAAGAAUAUUCUGAUAGUGUAUAUAUUUCAAGAUUUAUCGACACACAAGAAAUAUCUAAAGUAUUAGAAGAUUUGUAA